AGAGGAGCUCGUCGCUCCUCGCACUCCCAGCUAGCCACAGCCAUGGCCACCGCGACCUCCUUAUCCCUCCACGGCCAUGGCCUCCCUUCCCCGACCGCAAAGACGCCCACGCGGAGGGUGCUCUCCGUCAGGGCCAUGGCGCCACCCAAAGCUGCAGGUGAAGCUGCUGCGGUGGAGAGCUCGCCUUCCCCGCGGCGGCAGGUGCUCGUGGCGGGGGCUGCCGUGGCCGCCGCGGCGCUCGUCUCCCGGCCCGCUCCGGCGGCAUUGGCGGCGGCGGACGGCAAGUUCAUGCCGGUCAUCGACAGGAAGGCCGGCUACUCCUUCGUCUACCCAUUCGGAUGGCAGGAGGUGUCUGUCCAAGGGCAGGACAAGGUGUACAAGGACGUGAUCGAGCCGCUUGAGAGCGUCAGCAUCAACAUGAUCCCCACCACCAAGGAAGACAUCCGCGACCUCGGCCCGCCCGACCAGGUCGCCGAGGCACUGGUGCGGAAAGUCCUAUCUCCGCCCACGCAGAAGACCAAGUUGAUUGAGGCGAAAGAGACCGAUAUCGAUGGAAGAGCUUAUUACACUUUCGAGUUCACGGCUCAGGCUCCAAAUUUCACUAGACACGCGCUUGGUACAAUUACCAUAGCAAAUGGCAAAUUUUACACGUUGGCAACGGGUGCAAACGAGAGGAGAUGGGACAAGAUGAAGGACAGGCUACAUACAAUCGUCGACUCUUUCAAAAUCGAAACAAAAGUGUGAGCGAUGUUUGAGGCAUUGUGCUGAUUUUCUUUGUUUUUAGUUUGUUCGUUUUUGGAGCUACAGCUGGCGCGAGGUUCAAAAGUAAAUGUCGGGAAUACAGAUUCUACUGAUCUUUUUCUUUUCUUUCAAAUACUCUGGUCUGCAUACAUAUAUCAUUUCAUCCUAUGUAAUGUGAUCCUUGGAGUAA